AUGACUCGAGGAAUUUUUCAAACCUAUCCGCCCGACCGAGUGACCAAGCAGCACGAUGUGACGACCGGCUGUUGUGGGAAUCCUUUUCGGGGUUCACCGAUUGUGACACCUGGAGAAGAAAUCGACUGUUCGGAAACAUGUAGUAGAAGUCACCAUUGUCAAGACUGGCCUCUGCGAAUGUGUGGGAAAGAUCCUCAUUGUGACAAAGCCGUGUGCUUGCACAAGCAGCUUUUCCCCAUGCUGCCGCUGGAUGUGACGUUCUUCUUUGUGAUCUUCAUGGUCUCCUUUCUGGCAGGUGCUCCAGGCAUCGGAGGUGGUGGCAUCAAUGUGCCCUUGCUGAUGAUGCUGAACCGGUUUACCAUCAAGGAAGCUGUUCCGAUCUCCCACCCAGUUGCUCGAGGCAAUGCCUUGUCCCAGCUGCUGUUCAACACCCGCCUGCGACAUCCUUCGAUGUCCUUACGGCCAUUGAUACACUAUGAGAUUGCGGCUGUCCUGCUACCUGCAAUGUUGGGAGGCAACUCUCUUGGUAUCGUGGUGUCCAAGUUCAAGAAAGAUUGUGAUUUGUUGCGUCUCUUUGCAAUGGUUGCUGCAAAAGCAGAAGGUGCCGAUGAAGAAGGUGUGGAUGAGGGAGAGGAGGCUGAGAAAAUGGCUGUUGGCAGCGGCGGUGCUGCAUCAAGCUCAGCAUCAAAGGUUCCGAAGAAGAAGAAAGGACUGGUUGCCUUUCGGAACUCUGGACCUGCCAAAGGUUCGGCCAUCAGCAUGAACAACCUGCAGCGACCGGUUCCGGAUGUUAGGUCCAAGUCCUUUGAAGAUCAGAUGCCACGAAUCCCGUGGAAGACCAUUUGGUUCAUGUACCUUGUUGGCCUUCAAUAUGUGAUCUUUUGCCUGAACUAUUUGGCAAUGUCUCAAGACGUUGACGGAGUGGAGAAGUGCUCGGUACUUUACUGGAUUGCGCUGCUGGGCCUGUAUCCAGUGGUUGCCCUCUCCCUCCUGCUGGCCAUCAGGUUUAUGCGUGAGCUGGCAGAGUGGCAUGCCUCCCGCCACGACCCACCGGUACAAGGGGACCCUGUCCUUGGAAGGGCUGGAUUGGUUGUGGUGCCAUUUCUGGCCAUGGCCGUUGGAUUGCUGGCAGGGCUCCUAGGUCUUGGUGGAGGGGAAUUCAUGGUGCCUUUGUUGCUUGAGCUCGGCGUACAGGCGCGAGUCGCAGCGGCCACCUCUGGUUUUCUGAUUUUCUUCAACACAUCUUCCAAUGUUGUUCACUAUUUGGUGGCUGGCACGAUCGAGCCAUUCAUGGGCUACGGCAUUGCCUGCUUCUUCAUGGCUGGGCAGGAACUACCUUCAUGGCGUGUUUGGGCAGGAACUACCUGGUCAAAGGUCAAAAACAUGAAGCUUAAGAAUCUCAAGACCUGUUGCGUCCUGUACAAGUACACUGGUGGACCAUUACAUACAGAUGCUUGA